AUGCCUUUAAUCGAUGAAUAUGGUGUGCUCAAUGUUGUUGGAAACUAUCAACGGGUCAAACGGUUCUUUAGGUCUGAAGCAGGGGUUACUCAUGUUUUAGUAACUGAAGGCGUUCACUAUAUCGGUUCCCAUGCUACACUACGCCUUCUCAAAGACUCUUACCGUGUAACUAUAGUGGAUAAUCUCUCUCGUGGAAACAUAGUUGCAGUCAAAGUUCUUCAAGAAUUGUUUCCCGAACACAGGAGACUUCAAUUCAUUUAUGCUGAUUUGGGAGAUGUAAAAGCCGUACACAAAAUCUUUUCAGAAAACGCAUUCGAUGCGGUUAUGCAUUUUGCAGCGGUUGCUUAUGUUGGGGAGAGUACUCUUGAUCCUUUAAAGUAUUAUCACAAUAUUACAUCGAAUACGCUGGUGGUACUGGAGGCUAUGGCCGCACAUAAUGUUAAUACUUUGAUAUAUUCGAGCACAUGUGCGACUUAUGGAGAGCGUGAGAAGAUGCCGAUUACCGAAGCAACUCCUCAGUGCUUUCCAUAUCUUCAUGCGUGUUUCGCCACAUGUUUACCGUUUCAUUCUAACUUUUUUCUUAGACGAGUUGAGCAACUCACUUGA